AAAUAAUUUGAGCUUUAAUGACAGACAAAAUAAAAGAGCUAGUUUCAAAAAAGAAAAGAAGGUUUAAACAGGAUGGCUACAACUUAGACUUAGCGUACAUAAAACCCAACAUUGUGGCCAUGGGGUUCCCUGCAAAUAACCUUGAAGGUUUCUACAGAAAUAACAUAGAGGACGUUCACAAGUUCUUUGAGGAAAAGCAUGCCAAUCAUUAUAAAAUCUAUAAUUUGUGUAAAGAAAGACAGAGAACUUACGAUAAUAAGAGGUUUCCAAAAGUAGCCCACUACCCGUUUGAGGAUCACAACGCGCCGCCAUUUCAGCUUAUAAAACCUUUCUGUGAGGAUGUAGCUAACUUCCUUGCGGAGGACGAGGAAAAUGUAGCUGUUAUCCAUUGUAAAGCUGGAAAGGGGCGAACAGGAGUUAUGAUAGUAUCUUAUCUUUUACAUGAAGGAAUAUACGAGACCGUCCAGCCUGCUCUACAAUUUUAUGGCGAAGCUAGAACCUUCGACAUGAAGGGCGUUACGAUUCCAUCACAGCGUCGAUAUGUCUACUAUUAUGGUGACUUGGUUAUGCGUGGACUUAAAUACGAAGCCAAGACGCUGUUAUUAACGAAGAUAAAACCUUAUCAAGCUGCCUUACACGCAGGCUGGUUCAAAAAGAAA